ACAGUCACUACCAACCUCAAGAAAGAAAAAACAGAAAAACACAGCCCGAGUCAAAACGAUACACGGCUCUGUUUGCCCCAACUCUUCCAGAAUUUUCCUCUCCCCGAUUUUUAUUUUUCUCCCUCAAUUUCCAGCAUUAUUGAAAAUUAAAUUUUUUUUUCCAGAAUUAGAGGAAUGAGCGAUGCUGGUGAAUGGUGACGCAAAAAAUAAGGAAAUUCCAAAAAUAAAAAAUGAAAAAUCAGGGGAUGGUCAUCGGUCAUGAAGCAUGACGACGAUCAUGUUAUCGUCGUAUAUGUAUGACCAGGUAGUGACAGCGUUAUGGUGCAGAUGCUGACGUAGCAUCCAAGACCGAAAAUUGAGGGAUGUUUGUUUUUUUAGUUCGCGCGUGUCAGCGAGUGUAAGAGUUAUAAAUAGCCCAUGGCAACGGCUUCUCUGGUUCAAGCAGGAUGUGGUUUUUCUCCGAGAUUCAGUAGUAAUAGUAAUAAUUUUAGUUUCAGAACCGGUUCCUUUGGACCGUUGGGCUCCUCCACUUCUUCCUCUUGCUGCUCCUGUUCUUCUCACAAUUUGAAUUUCUCUUCCGGAACAAAUAGUAAUUGGAAACAUCAAGGCCUUAUAGCUCAAUUUAUGAGUACCACUACUCAAGGAAACUUUGCGUCAUCCAAGAGCAUUGCAGACGGGAAAAAUGAGCCUGAUCACCUUCUUGUUCUUGUUCAUGGAAUCCUAGCUAGCCCUAGUGAUUGGACAUAUGUAGAGGCAGAGUUGAAAAGGCGGCUUGGAAGAAACUUUCUGAUAUAUGCAAGUUCAUGUAACACCUAUACUAAAACCUUUACUGGGAUUGAUGGAGCUGGGAUUCGAUUAGCAGAUGAAGUCCUGCAAGUUGUAAAGAAGACUGAGAGCCUGAAAAAGGUUUCGUUUUUAGCCCAUUCUCUUGGGGGCUUGUUUGCAAGAUAUGCAAUAGCUGUUCUUUACUCACAAAAUGACUCAAGGGGUACCCAAUCUAAUACUGUAACUAAUUCUUUGGAUGGAAAUUCUCAAAAAUCAUCCCCUUCAAGACAAGGUAUGAUUGCUGGACUGGAGCCAGUCAGUUUUAUUACCUUGGCAACUCCACAUCUUGGGGUGAGAGGGAGAAAGCAGCUUCCAUUUCUAUUAGGAGUUCCUAUUUUGGAGAAACUUGCCCCACCAAUUGCUCCAUUUUUUGUUGGUCGAACUGGUAAGCAACUAUUUCUCACUGAUGGCAAACCCAGCAGACCACCACUGCUUUUGAGGAUGGCAUCUGAUUGUGAAGAUAGAAAAUUUCUAUCUGCCCUUGGUGCAUUUAGGUGUCGAAUUGCCUAUGCAAAUGUAUCUUAUGAUUAUAUGGUUGGUUGGCGUACAUCCUCUAUCAGGAGGGAGAAAGAACUUGUCAAGCCCCCACUACAAUCUUUGGAUGGUUACAAACAUGUUGUCGAUGUGGACUACUGUCCACCAGUUUCUUCUGACGGCCCUAAUUUUCCUCCGGAAGCUGUCAAAGCAAAGGAGGCAGCACAGAAUGCACCCAGCAUAAAAAAUACCGUGGAAUAUCAUGAACUCAUGGAAGACAAUUACACCCCUUUCAUUUUGUUAACAGAGGAAAUGAUUCAAGGUUUACAGAAAUUGGGAUGGAAAAAAGUUGAUGUCAGUUUUCAUUCUGCACUUUGGCCCUUUUUUGCCCACAAUAACAUCCACGUGAAAAACGAAUGGUUUCAUAAUGCUGGCGCUGGAGUGGUUGCUCACGUUGCAGACAGCAUUAAGCAACAAGAAUCCUCUUCAUUUAUUUCUGCUAGCUUGUAGCCACGAAUUUUAUGCAAAUGCACUGUGCAAGUGUGCCUGAAGCUUAUUGUAAAAGAUAAACUACAAGAUGAGAUGAAGAAAAUGAAUCAUCUCUCAUCACUUAUUGAUUAAAUCCCAUUUCCUUACCAAAAUAAAAUGGGGUAUGAUUUAAUUUAGCUUGAUCAAAGACACCAAUUGGGACCGUAUAGCAAAGGCAGGA